AAAUUUUCAAUGUAAAAAAAAAAAACACAUAAGUAUCUUUCAAGUGUCUCUACUCCAUCUUCUCUCUCAAUUUCUUCGGAAAAUUGGUUUCAAAAUUUUUUGAGUAACAGCCGUUUCAGCUUGAUGGGCAAUUGUGUUUGCAUGAUCUCCAAGAACAAGAAAAGGAAUUCCAAACUGGUGAUAAGUGACAAUUUGAAGAAGCAAACCUGGGACGAUCUCCCUAGUGAACUCUUAGAAUUGAUUUUGUCUAGAUUGAUUGUAGCGGAUAACAUUCGUGCUUCUGCUGUUUGCAAGAUAUGGCAUUCUGUUGCCACUUCUGUGCGUGUUGUGAACCAAUCACCUUGGCUUAUGAAUAUACAAAAAUGUAGUCAUUGGUAUGAGAUCUACGACCCUGUGCAGCGUAAGACCCAUUUCAUUCAGUUUCCAGAGUUGAAAGAUUGCAGGGUAUGCUAUACAAAAGAAGGAUGGCUAUUGCUAUAUCGAUGGCCCCAAAGGUAUCCGUUUUUUUUCUUUAAUCCCUUUACUAGGGAGCUGAUCAAACUGCCAAGAUUUGACAGGACACGCAAGGUUGAAUUUGCCGCCUUCUCGUGCUCUCCGAAGUCAACUGGAUGUGUUGUAUUUGUUGCUCAAGAUGUUAGUUCUACUGUUCUAACUAUUAGCACAUGUUCUCCCGAGGCAAAUGAAUGGAAAACUGCUAACUACCAAAAAGGCUCGCAUUUUUCUUAUAGCGCCUUGCCUCAAAUUGUUGUUUUUAAAGGAUUAUUUUAUUGUUUGAGUCCCACAGGUUGGUUAGGGGUGUUUGACCCAUAUGAUUCUACUUGGAGUAUUCUGGAAGUACUGCCACCCAAGUGCCUAGAGAGUUUUAGUGCCAAAACCUGUCAGCCAUGCGAAUUUUUCAACGAGCAUGAAGGACAUAUUUUCCUAAUUUAUGUAUAUUUUGAUGAGGACCCAGUCAUUUUCAAGUUAGAUGAGGCGCUAAUGGAAUGGAAAGAAGUGAGAACGUUAGAUGGAGCGAUAUUUUUUAUUAGUUUUUUGUCAUGUCAUUCUAAGACUUACAUUGCAGGAAUAAUGAGAAAUAGUGUCUACUUUCCCAAAUUACUUUCCAAUGAAAAAUGUUGCAUGUCCUUCUCUCUUGAUCACCAUAGAUAUUAUCUUAGAGAGAACUCGAACUCGCGUGACUUGAUAGAACUGAUUGGUUGUGACAGCAUCUGGAUUGAGGCACCAGAAGGAUUUGCUGGCUGGAUGUAAAAAUAUUACGGAGCAACAUUUGGAUUCAGCCUCUCGAAUCCCUUGCGAUUGUUAAUGCAGAAUGUGGACAUUCAUGUCACGGAUUCCGAGUUCGUCGUUAUUGCUCUUUGGCUGUAGGAGUUAAUGAAUAAAAAGUAUCUAUGAGGAAGCAAAAAAGAUUUGUUGCUUUGGUUAUUUUGUCUUUGCAUAUCCUUGCAAUGCUAAUCUGCAUUUAAUUACACUAAUAAUCUAAAGAUUGGUUAUUUAUUUGAGCAUGAUCAGUUGAUUUAUUGUUUCUAUUAUUA